CUUUAAUCUCGACAAUGUGCAAUCUAUGAAUGAAACUAGGCCGAAGCCCGAAGAGCCCUAAUUCUGGCAAGAUAGAAAAUUGAAAGAAGAAGGAAGCCCAUUUUUUAGUGUUUCAACUCUCGAGGCCCAUCUUGAAUACCAAGUUUGUUAACUCAGCCUAGAGUGACAUGGGCUCUUUGGUGCGAUGCUGAAGAAAACAUGUUUAAACCCUAAACCUCGGCGUCUGAUACCGGUCCCAGAAAUUCAACAUCCCAAAACGCUCAAUUUUGUGUCUUGAUUUUAGGGUUUUUUUUUUUUUUCCUUCCCAAUUUCCCAAGUAGGUUAUAGGAUUUUUAUUCUCCUUCUUUCGAAUUAAGGGUAUUGGACACAUGGGGCAUUCAAGAAAAGCAAGAGGCAAAGAUGUGGACUUGGAGGACUUGGAUGAUUCGGAAGAUGAGGAUUUAAUGAUUAAUGUGGAAGAAGAAGAAGAAGAAGAAGAAGAAGCAGAAGAACAGGAUGGCGAAGAAGAAGAAUUAGAAGAUGAUGAAGUAGAAGAAGAUAGCGAUGGAAAAGAAGAAGAAGAAGAAGAAGACAACGAUGGGGAGAUGGAAGAGCUUGAAAAAGAGUACAAGGAUCUUCACAAUCAGGAACAGGAUAUAUUGAGGAACCUCAAGCGUCAUAAAGAUGAAGAUGUUCAAAAAGGUCAAGCAGUGAAGAACCAAAAGGCUCUCUGGGAUAAAACUCUUGAAUUCAGAUUCUUACUUCAGAAAGCGUUCUCCAGUUCAAAUAGACUACACAGGUACCGGUUUGAUCCAGUUAGGUCUUCAUUUUGUGCUUUAGAUGAAGGAGUCAGUGUAGCAUAUUCAGACCUUAUUACUGCAUCAAAGAAGACUUUAGAUUCUUUAUUGGAACUGCAGGAGGUUUUGCUGGAGAAGAAUCCAUCAAUUGCUCAAUCUGUAGAUGGUAAUGCUGGUCAAUCAUCUAAGGAGCUUUCCAGUGAUUCUAAGAACUUGGACAUAGAAGAUGAUGAAGAGUGGCUUCGGAUAUCUCAAAUGAAUGGGAGAAUAGCUGGUUUCAGAAAUAAAGCAGUUGACAAAUGGCAGAGAAAGACAGAAGUCACAACUGGUGCUGCUGCAAUCAAAAGCAAAUUGCAAGCUUUUAAUCAGAAUAUUAGCGAACAAGUGGCUGCUUAUAUGAGGGAUCCAAGUAGAAUGAUAAAGCAAAUGCAACAAAGAAGAUCAGCAAUUGGCGUAUUUGGGGCUGUUACUGAGGGCACAAAAAAUGCUAAUGGAGAGGAAGCACUUCCUGGAGGUGAUCCUGAACUUCUGGAUGAUUCUGAAUUUUACCAGCAAUUGCUGAAGGAAUUUUUUGAGACUGUUGACCCAACAUUAUCAGAGACAGCCUUCUAUGCCUUGAAAAGACUGCAAACUAAGAAGAGAAAGAUUGUUGAUAGGCGUGCCUCAAAGAGUCGAAAGAUCAGGUACAAUGUUCACGAGAAGAUUGUUAAUUUCAUGGCUCCCGAGCCCAUUAACCUUCCUCCCAUGGCUCCAAAACUAUUUGAGAAUUUGUUUGGGUUGAAAACCCAAAAACCUCCUGCUGAAGUCUGACUUUAUACUGAAGUUUUGUAAUACUACUUAGUUUAAGUUGUCUAACGAGUAAAAAUGUUUUAUUCUGAUGCAUAAUAUUACGAAGUCCAUGUUGCGAUGUUGCCUAAAUGAAGUGGCUCCAACAACUUGCAGCAUUGAAUGUAUGUUAGGGUAUAUUUCAGGGGUAUAUCAUUUAAACUGAAUACAAAUUCAAUGGAACAAUUUUAUAAAAUGUCGUGUUUGCCUGUUUUCCUAUAAUUUCUAUCAAGAAGAAAUAUGCUUU